AGGUCACAUGACCUGGAAACGCACGCUUAGCGAAAGGAAUUCGACUGUGGAAUGACAACAAUGCAGUUAUUUUGUUGUAUAAAAUAAUUUUACAGCCAGGAAGUCGUCGAUAUAUUAUAUCCAUCUUCACGAUAAUGAAGCUGCGUGUCCAGCUGCAGUGUAAGAAUUUGCAUGAAUACCUGAAAGAGCUGAGUCCUGAGGUCUUGGACAGACUGUACAACCAUCCAGCAACAUGUCUGGCCGUAUACAGGGAACUCCCCUCUCUGGCCAAGAAUUAUGUGAUGCGUAUGCUGUUCCUGGAUCAGCCUCUCCCCCAGGCAGCAGUGGCAUUGUGGGUGAAAAAAGACAAAAAAAGUCAAAAGGAUCAUGAUGAAUGUGUCUCAGUGUUGGCAGGACUCCGCCUUUGGCACAGUCCACAGCUGCAGGGUGGUCUGCAGGGAUACAUUUUAAAUCCUGUGUUCAAAGACAACCUCAGGAUAGCACUGCUUGGCGGGGGCAGAGCAUGGGCAGAUGAGGGGAGCACUCUGGGUCCUGACCGCCACGCACGGGACAUUGAGAGUCUUGACCGCUACGCUAUAGAGCGCUGGGAGGUCAUCCUGCAUUUCAUGGUGGGUUCACCCUGUGCUGCUGUCAGUCAGGACCUGGCACAGCUGCUGGUUCAAGCAGGCCUCAUGAAAAGUGAGGCGGGAGAGGCACCCUACAUCACCUCAGCUGGUUUCCAGUUCCUCCUUCUGGACACAACCUCCCAGCUUUGGUAUUUCACCCUGCAGUACCUUAAAACUGCUCAGUCCAGAGGGAUGGACCUGGUGGAGAUCUUGUCAUUCUUAUUCCAGCUCAGUUUUUCUACUCUUGGCAGAGAUUACUCAGUGGAGGGCAUGAGCGAGUCAUUACUCACCUUCCUGCAGCACCUGCGGGAGUUUGGACUGGUCUUCCAGAGGAAGAGGAAGUCAAGGCGGUACUACCCCACCAGACUGGCAAUCAGUCUGGCUGCAGGAGUCACUAGCAGCUCCUCUUCGUCGUCCUCUAACUUGGCUUCCACUCCUGGUACUGGAGAUGCAGGCUUCAUUGUGGUAGAAACCAAUUAUCGUAUCUACGCCUACACAAACUCAGAACUCCAGAUCGCUCUGGUGGCUCUCUUCAGUGAAAUGCUGUAUCGCUUCCCUAAUGUAGUGGUGGCUCAGGUUACAAGGGAGUCAGUGCAACAGGCCAUCGCCAACGGCAUCACAGCACAACAGAUUAUCCACUUUCUAAGGACCAGAGCUCACCCUGUCAUGCUCAAACAGACCCCAGUCCUGCCUCCAACCAUAACGGAUCAGAUCAGACUCUGGGAGCUGGAGAGAGAUCGACUGCAGUUCACAGAGGGAGUGCUCUACAACCAGUUCCUCUCCCAGGCUGACUUUGAGGUGCUGCGAGACAGAGCUCAGGGUCUGGGCUGUCUGGUGUGGCAGGAUGUGGCUCACAGGGUGAUGGUGGUGUCACCACAGGGACACAGCGAGGUCAAGAGAUUCUGGAAACGACAGAAGUCUCACACGUGACCGGUCCGAGAAAAAACCGAUGCAGUGAUGUCACACCUGAUGACUAUUAUUCCUGUGACAUCAGGAUUUUCUGCCUGCAACAGUUGUUCAUUGCUGUCAGUGUUUUAAGAACAUGGAGAUGAUAUAAUUAUUUUGUAUAUUUCAUAAAAUGCUGACUUUGUGUAUUUUGGAUUAAAUGGUCAUAAGAAGAGAAU